AUGGUGGACUCGGACCAAAUGCAAGAGGUAUCUCCCUCUACCUUAGCUCGACAGGAGGCAGCAGAUAUCCAAGUCGCAGCUAUGGAAGGAGCUCAGGUCGGCGCUGCUCUAACAGACCACAGUCCUGUCGCAGAAACUCGUUUUUCUCCGACCAGAACUCAUACCUCGGCAGCUACUUCUGAUGCUGAUGGCAAGAGCGCCCGUUCGGACAAGGUUGGAGAGCAACCCGCUGCUGUUGAGGCGACCAAGGGUCAAGGCUCUAGCCACUGGUUGCAAAAGGACCAGGUAGUUUUGCCUUAUAACAACAUGAAAAUUGUUAUGCCGGGGAUUUGUCUCAUCGUCGGCCUAGCUGCACUUGACCAGACGAUUGUCAGUACUGCAUUGCCUCUGAUCUCGCAACGUCUCGAUGGCAACCCAGGCCAAUACUCGUGGGUGGGAUCCGCCUACCUUCUCGCCUCCACCUCGCUCAUCCCUCUCUACGGUCGUCUUUCCGAUCUCACAGGUCGUAAACCUCUGCUUUACGCCGCAACGGUCAUCUUCCUCAUCGGUUCCGCCCUCUGUGGAGCUGCACAGAACAUGGCUUGGCUCGACGCAGCUCGUGGUGUACAAGGUAUCGGAGGAGGAGGUGUCAUUUCGCUGGUCAACAUUAUCAUCGGCGAUAUCGUAUCGUUGGAGGAUCGAGGAAAGUAUUCAGGAUGGAUCGGAGGUGUAUGGGGGAUUGCUAGUGUCAUAGGCCCUUUACUGGGAGGUGCUUUUACAGAUGCAGGUCCCACUGGUUGGAGAUGGUGUUUCUUUAUCAACCUUCCGCUAGGUGCGAUCGCGCUUGCGAUCAUUUUCUUUUCGCUCAACUUGAAUCCUAGACCCAAGUUGUCAUUCAGGGAAGCAUGCGCAGAGUUUGACUUUAUCGGAUUGAUUCUCAUCGUCGUCUCUGUCAUCCUCGUCCUGCUCGGCUUCAACUAUGCCGAAACCAAAGCCUGGAACGUACCGGAAACCAUCGCGCUGCUCGUCGUCGGAGGAGUGCUUAUGAUCGUCUUCAUGACCUGGGAGUUUAAGACAAACAAGAAACCUAUCGUUCCACCUCGCUUGGUCACCACCCGUACCACCUCUCUCCUUCUCAUCUCGGUCCUGCUCCACGCAUUCGCCUUCUUCGCAGCAACCUACUACCUCCCCGUCUACUUCCAAGCCAUCUUUGGCGCCUCUGCACUCAUGUCCGGCGUUUACAUGCUCCCUUACGCCCUCAUCACUUCCAUCUUCUCCAGCGUAACCGGCAUUGGAAUCACCAAAUUCCGCGCCUACCGUCCCUUCCUCUGGGCGGGUUGGGCGAUCAUGGUCAUCGGAUACUCGCUCAUGGCUACGCUCAACGCAUCCUCCUCCCAGGCGCGCCAGGAAACUUUUAUCGGCGUGGCAGGCUGCGGAACCGGAUUCUUAUUCCAAACUCCCCUCGUCGGUCUCAUGGCUGCAAUGCCGCAUGGAGACCUCUCCACUACAGUCGCUGCUAUGUCUCUGGUCCGAUCGCUGGGUGGUACAAUGGGUAUCGCUGUUUCUGGUGCCGUGUUCAACACUCAAAGCAGAAGCAGGUUGGCUGUGAUUCCUGGAUUUCAACAGUCCAUGGUAGAGACUGAAUCAGGAGGACAGGAUCUGACAGGGUUGAGGAAUAUCCAACCGCCCGAGUUGAGUAGGGAGAUUAUCAAGGCUUAUGCAGAUGGAUUGCAGGUGGUGUGGAUUGUUUUGGCUCCAAUGGUUGGUGCUGGGCUCUUGGCGGUAUUGGGCGUGAAGGGCUAUAGUUUGAGGAGAGAUAUUAAACAAACACCGCAGACCCAGAAGGACAAGGUUGUUGAUCCUGAGAAUCUCAAGGCUGAGCCCACUGCGGAGGUGGAGAACAAGGAAUCGACUCGACAUUAA